UGUCCCAUCAUUAGUAUCAGUGGGGGGAAUGGUGCCCCAUCAUUGGUGUCAGUAGGAGGAAUAGUGUCCCAACAUUGGUGUCAGUGGGAGGAAUGGUGUCCCAACAUUGGUGUCAGUGGGAGGAAUGGUGUCCCAUCAUUGGUAUCAGCGGGAGGAAUAGUGCCCCAUCAUUGGUAUCAGUGGGAGGAAUAGUGCCCCAUCAUUGGUAUCAGUGGGAGGAAUAGUGCCCCAUCAUUGGUAUCAGUGGGAGGAAUAGUGCCCCAUCAUUGGUAUCAGUGACACCAAUGAUGGGGCACUAUUCCUCCCACUG